CACCAUGGCCUCCGUCUCCUCUCGGAGCUUGCCUGCAUCUACUUGGCCCUCAUCCUGCGCUACCCUGAGGUCCCAGAGGAUAAGAUCAAUGCCUUCAUUAAAGCAGCUGGUGUAAAUGUUCGACCUUUCUGGCCGGGUUUGUUUGCGAAGGCCCUGGCCAACGUCCACAUCCACAUCGGGAGCCUUGCCUGCAAUGUAGGGGCUCGUGGACCCACCCGGGUGGCAGCCUGUGCUGCACCAGGGAGUGGUGCUGCCCCCUUCACCACUGCUGUCCCCGCUGAGAAGAAAGUGCAGGCAAAGAAAGAGGAAUCUGAGCAGUCUGAUGAUGACAUGGGCUUUGGGCUUUUUGACUAAACCUCUUCCGUAACCUGUUCAAUAAAAAGCUGGACUCUUAAAAAUAAAUUAAAUAAAUAAAUAAACAUCGAAAAGCUGAAAUCUAAACAAACAAAUAAAUAAAGAUACUCUUAGCUUCUUUUUGGAAAUUAUGGCUUUUGUAUAUGUCAUUAUUAGGAGCUCUGAUUUCUUUUAAAGUAUUCCUGGAGUAAGAAUUACAGUUCAAGGGGCUGAACCUAAAACCAGUCGAGACUGGAGCUAAUUAUGUGGAGCCCAGUCUUCAGAAGUUACCCAAGCCCUGUCCUGGGCUCUGUCCUGUGCUCCAGUCUAUCCUCUCCUGUCCCCGGCUAGGCUCUGCCUUAGGAUGAAUUGCCCUCGAUGGGUGUCUCAGAGCUCUCAGUACCAGCGCAACUGUUAUUAAUCCCACUGCCCAUUCUUGAUGUCAUUUCCUGAAUUUUGGAUGAACCUUGACACCCAAGGACCUUUAGAUUCCAUCCCUGUCCAGUCCCUUCUCUGGAGUCAAUAGACCAGGCUAACACACAUCCCUGCAGAAAUAUCUGGACCAGGAAGGCUGAAAGCAAUCACAGUUUUUCUUUAUAUAGAGCUUUACAUGAUUUAUCAACUCAAUUUUCUAUACUUGUAUAUUGAGGGGAAAAAAAGAAAAAGAAAGGCCAAAUUAGAUACUUUUCUCCUAGAAAAUUGAAUGUGUAUUAUGCAUGUGGACAUAUUUAUUUAUGAUGUACGUUCUUCCAUUUACUGGACUUGUGGUAGCUUUCAUAUCUUUUUAAAGUGCCAGAUAAGAUAUUUAUAUCUGCAUCCCAAAUGUCUAGCCUAGUGCUUGGUAUAUGGUAGAUACUCAGUAAAUGUUUGUUAAAUCAAAUUGAAUUUUAAAAUAGUGCAGAGAUGGUUUAUAGGAAGGAAGUGAUCAUACCAGAUGUCUGAAUGCAAUAGAAUCUUAUCAUUGGGCCAUUAAUUUGACUCUGAGCUUCCUAAAUUCAGCACAGUAUUCCCUUUGUAAUAAAUGGUCCUGGAUUUAGUUUCUGACAGAAGAGCAUAUAAACCUUACUUUGAAAGUAAAAGAAUAUAAAAUUUAUCUUAGCAGGCCAAAUAUAAAGAAGUGGUAAAACAUAGUGUCCAGUAUCUUUGACUGUGUUUUUCUUUUCUACUUACAUAAAAGAAGAUGCAGAAAUAUUUUUAAAGUGAAUAAUUCUUAUUUCCACACUCUCAAUAGUA